AUGCCUCCGACAUUCUGCCCGUAUUGCUGCAACUGCUUGACGAUCGCAAGAGCACCGGGAAAUGACCAAUAUCCUCAGGGCAGGAAUGCCUUCACCUGCAGAACGUGCCCCUACCAGUUCGUCCUUGACCAGCCGUACUACGAGCGGACACAUAUGAAGCAGAAGCAAAAGGAUGACAUCCUGGGCGAGGAGCAAUCCGACCUGCCGGUCAACGAAGUUCCUGGAGGCUGUCCGAACGAGACUUGCGACUCAAAGAAGGCCUACUUCUACCAACUACAGACGCGAAGUGCCGACGAGCCGCCCACCAGUUUCUUCAAGUGUAUCGAAUGCGGCAAGCAAUGGAGAGAAUAUUGA